ACCGCUUCGUCAUACAAGUUGGCGAGAUAAGAUUACGCCGGCACAUAACCGGGGGAAUUCGUGCCUCGCGAAGACGACGCGGCCAUGUAUAUCAGACGUAAAAUUAUCGGAUAGCGACGAUGAUCUGUCGAAUGGCGGGACCGUGGCGCUCGAUUCUCGGUGCAUUUUGAACGGCAAUGACGCGCAAAGUGCUCGGAACUGUGCUCUUCGCUCUCAUGGUAGUCGCAAUAAAUGAUGCGUCGAUGCGCUCCGCCAGAUCGUGCCCGUCGUUUUGCGUGUGCGAUACGUGGUACGAAUUGCAUCGCGUCUCCUGUAUCGGCCGCCAUCUUUACAACAUUCAUACAGGUGCGCCGAGCGACGUGCAAGCUAUGGACGUGUCGAAUAACUCGAUAUCCGAAUUAAAUGAUUACGAAUUGGUGGACAUAGGACUAUCGAAGCUGGAAUAUUUCAAUCUCUCAGCAAAUGCAAUUAGCAAUAUUGGCCAGUACGCUUUUGAGGGAUUGUCCGCAUUAACGGUUCUAGAUCUGUCACAAAAUCACCUUCAUUAUCUCCUUGCGGAGACUUUCGCACUAGCGAAGAGCUUGCGGAUUCUCCAACUGUCGAGGAACAAUUUCAACUCUCACGUGCCGAAGCUGCAGUGCCUUUCACUCACGAAUCUGGCUCUGGACUCGUGUCAAAUUAGCCACAUUCCAGCGGAUACAUUCAUCGGGCUUCCGCAUCUUCGUAUCCUUGAUCUUUCAAAUAACUUGAUGAUUCAGUUGGACAGCGCUGUGUUACGACCAUUGAAAUUAAAGCAAUUAUUCAUAGAAGGAAACCAGUGGUCCUGCAACAAACUUAUGCACGAUUUGGAGCUAUAUUUGAUAAACAAUAACAUAAUACACCGUGCAGUGUGCGACAAAAUUCCAGGACCGAAGAAAUUUGAAAAGAUGAUCGUCUACGAUCCGCAGAUGAAGUAUGAGAAGCAUCGACCGUCGAUCGCAAACGUAAACAUAAAGAAAAAUACGCAAAUACCGAGGAAGAAUUUUACAUCUGUGCCGACAAUCAAGAACAUAACAGUUUGCGUCAAUGAGACGGAGUCAAAUUUAAAAAAAAUGCUAAAUACCAUUUCGCCAUAUUGGUUCUUCAUGAUCGGUUUUCUGCUCGGUAGCGCGUGUGGCACUUUCGCGUGUUACAUUUGGCUAACGAAAAGGAUAACAUGCUGUCGCCGAUAUCGCGAGCGACAGAGCAACGAUAUUCAAAGAGUCUCGUUGCUGCAGAAUCUAUGGCAAUUUGACGAUCCUGCAUUCAACGACGGUGAACACGGGACGAUAUCUUGUCCGGGUACUCCACCGCCGCCGUAUCGUGACGUUAUGUUGCGCCCGGGACUUUACCGUAGCCCCUCGAUUAUAACGAAUGCGAAUAAUAACUCUGCCACAAAUAGCACAGGACGUACUUAGGUAAUUUAUUAAUUUUAGGUAAGUUAUUUGAAACUUAUUGACUCUCAUUCCUUAAAAUCUGAUACGCUUGUAAGCAUGUACGUGCGUCGUGUUUAAAACACUCUAUAUUUGUCAUUUAAACACCAAUGAAAUGAUUGAUAUAUGUAUUCUUUCAAUGAGAUACAAAAAUAUUAUAGGGUUAUUUACGAUUAUUAUUACGAAAGCACUAAUGUGAAUAUAUAUUAUUAGUCUAGUCUUUUAUUAUAUCUUUAAAUAAACUUCGCAUAAUAUAUGAA